CAAGAAGAUAAACCCUUAAGUUCGCUCGCUUCCGCAGCCGGUUCUGUCCUCUAGUUUCGUAAUGUCAGUGUGAUCUGUUGUCCUCUGUGUAGUUAUCCCACUUAUUAUGGGAUAACUCUUGAUUCGGAGCGUGACUCAGACGACCUUUUUUGUAAAGAUGCGCCUGGCUCGGAGAGCAAUACCAUGGCUUCUGGACACCAAAAAGUUUAGCUCUUUCACAUCUGCUAGUACCCUGGACUUCGUUCCAGCCAGCGCACCGAUAGGUUCAUUGGCACUGGAGCAACUUCAGAACUUUGUCUACCAGACUAAGCGACUCUUUGUGAUCACCGGGGCUGGGAUUUCCACGGAAUCUGGCAUCCCUGACUACCGCUCAGAGGGAGUGGGGCUGUAUUUCCGCACGGAGAGACGACCUAUACAGCAUGCCGAGUUCCUGCGGAGUAGCCAGGCCCGCCAACGCUAUUGGGCUAGGAAUUAUGUUGGAUGGCCGCAGUUCUCCUCACAUUUACCAAACUCAGCGCACCUUGCAUUACGUAACUGGGAGGCCCUUGGGAAGGUGCACUGGUUGGUGACUCAGAAUGUGGAUGCACUGCAUUCCAAGGCUGGGCAACAGAAGCUGACUGAGCUGCAUGGAUGUACUCACAGGUAUGUGUCUGGGGUGGUAUGUCUAGGAUGUGGGUCCCUCUGUGCUCGAGAAACACUGCAGGACCGCUUUACAGCCCUCAAUCCAGGAUGGGUGGCAAAGUCAAGAGGGGUUGCCCCAGAUGGGGAUGUUUUCCUCUCAGAUGAAAAGGUCCAGCACUUUCGGGUCCCAUCCUGUGAGAGUUGUGGGGGCAUACUGAAGCCAGAGGUCACAUUCUUUGGGGACACGGUGAACAGAGAAACUGUGAACUUGGUGCUGAAAAAGCUGGAGGAAUCAGAUGGAGUAUUAGUCGCUGGCUCCUCAAUGCAGGUGUAUUCUGGGUACAGAUUCCUUCUGGCUGCUAGUGAAAGAAGAAUUCCAGUUGCCAUCUUGAAUAUAGGGCCAACCAGAGGAGACCAUCUAUCCAGCAUAAGAGUGAGUGCCCGCUGUGGGGAAGUGCUGCCUGCCAUCUUUCCUCUCUGACAGUACUGGAGCUGGCACAACCCUGACCCAUCAGCUAGCAAGAACAAGACAGAGUGAACACUUUGGAAGACAUUUUAGUAAAGAAGAUGCUCAUCCUCAUAACUCGCUCUUCUCUCAGGAUAUUAAAGAUUUUUUCCUGUGGCAUUUUGUUCUAUGUAAUGUUGAAUUUAUCAUUUGAACUUUUAAAUCCAAUCAAAUUAAAUUCCAUUUCAACUGGAUGACCAAGAGGUAUCUUUGCUUGUUGCAACCGAACCUAAAGUAGUAAACUGUUUGCCAAACCAUAGCUAUUAGCUAGAAGUUUUUUUUUCUAUAGCAAGCUCUGUUACUGGCUAAAGUACUUGGCUAAUGCUAGUUUGUUACCUUAGCGUAUCAGCUACAGUAGCAAGUCAUAAACUUUCGCACGAGAGAUGGUUUUAAAUGGCAGACAGUAAAUGUAAUUCACCAGCUUUAACAUUAGUAUUUCCCUAGGUAACUACCCAAGCAGUUACAAUUGUAAUUGCCUCUUGUUUAACUGCCAUCUUUAAAUUUUUAAGGAUGUUGUUCCACAAAUCUUUAGUCAAUUGAGGCCGUUUUGAAAAUAUUAAAAGUUUACAAAAAAUCUGAGCUAUUGAAGGUACAUACGUGAAAACAUUACAUACUGUAGAGUACAGAAAAACCUACAAGAGUUAAUAAUUACACAUUUAGGUACUGUACCAGAUUGUGUGACAUUGUUUUUGCAUUAUUUUUAAAUCUGAUAUCAAUGUUUCAUCUUAAACCUUCAUAAGGGGCACAAAUCCAACAAGUGGGAUUGGUUAGUUUUUGAGAACUAGUCUUGCAUUGUCAAGGAUGGCACAAAGUAAAAAAUAUAUUUCCAUUGUGGUCUUUGAUGGUAAACAACAGCAGUGGAGGUAAGAUGACUACACAAAAAUAAUGUCAAAAAACAAUUACAUCCAUUUUUGCCUCCAAGCAAUUACACUUGUGAGAAAGCAUGUCAGCGACACCUAGUGUCCUGGCAUGGUUUUUUCUAUGAAACAGCUUUUUGGUUUAGUUUGGCAUGUGUGCUGUGAGAGCGGGAGCCAUUUAUGGAAACUUCCCAAAUUUUGUUUAAUGCUUGUGCGUUUAUGCAACUAAUACCAGACACACACACACACACAAACGAAUGCCUACCCAACCUACCAUAAUUUGCUAAUAUUCUGUUCAAAUCCAUCAUUGCUUUCUCUGUCAUAAUGGCAACUGCAUUUGUUUCACGAGAAUAAAAUAUAUCACUCCUCUGGA